GAAUCUAUUCGUAAAUCGUAGCAACGAUGGAAUAAGUUAUUAUAAACCUAUGUUACAUAUUUCCAAAGUUCUGCAUUCACGCAUUGUUCCGAUUUCAGUCGAUUUGUGAGCGUAAGAUUUUUCAGACUGAAACGGUGACUGUAAAUUGAAAGAAAGAAACCGUGUUGUAAAACGUUGUGAAGAGAUACAUCUUAUCACCCACGGCAUCGCUGUUAUUGGUUUUCAUCACUUGCGACGUGUCUCUACCAUUGGAUGUAUCGGCCCAUUAAAAGGAUUACCUCAGUUCCCGAUUUUUCGCGCCAACAGCGACGGUCGAAGCUCAACUGCAACUGCAAAUUUUAUGGAGUGAUGCCAACAUCUUUGUUUAAUCAGGUGAAGCCAUAAACUGAGGCGGAGGACGCGAGGACCACCCGCGCGUCGCGUCGGGCGAGGCGGUGAUGCAGAUACGGCCGCGGUGAGGCGGACACGGCCACGGCGCUGCGAAUACGGCCACGCUGAGGCAGAUACGGCCACGGCCAAGGGACCAUGAGCUAUCCGAGUUACUGCGGUUUCGCGCGGGGCGGCCUCGAGCCGGAACUCCUGCCACCCCCGCAGACUCACGCAACGAUGCCGCCCUCCCCGCUGACUCCCAGGGCAAACGGUACAGGUCAGAAUCAGCGGCCGCUGAGCCUGUACGACAACCUCCAGUCGAGCCGGACGAAUUCGCUGAUGGGAAGCGGGAGUCUUUGCGGCGGGAUGAGCGGCGGCGGUGGUUGCAGAGGGGGCUCCGGGUCCAUGUCGGUGGGAAACCUGACGGCGAUCGGGACGAAGAUCAACCAGAGUAUCGAUAACAGCAACAGCGGGGAGCGCCUCCCCUCGCAACUCCACAACAUGAGCACGACCGUCCCCCAAAACAUCAGCAACAACACCAUCGGCGGCCGCCACGCACCCACCAGGAGCUCCCUCAGGCACAGCCGCAUGAUCGUUCUCAACAAACACGGAAAAGUUCCUCGUAAAUAUCAAGUGCCAAUCAUCUAUGACUACAAAAUGGCCACCUCUCUAGUCAUUCUGCAAAUUAUUCUCGGCUUCGUCGUCUGUUCUUUGGCGACCUGGCUCAUACUGUGGGCUCCGAGACUGAGUGUUCCCCUAAUACCUUAUUGGAGCGGUAUCCCUCUGGCCCUCUCCGGGGUUUUCGGGGUCAUGUUGAUGUGCUGCUUUAGAAAAGAUCAUCCAGGGUUACCACUCUCUUCGUGUGCUUUAGUAUUUAAGGUUUUAUCCUUGCUUAUCACAGGAGUGGCUUGUGUUGCUUGUUUGACAGCAGGAAUCAGCGCAGUUCUCCAUUUGGUAUUCUUAUACGAUGCUACCUGCCAACCAAUAAACACUGUUAAUACAACCUGCGUUUGUGAUGGAGUAAUCAAUCCAACUUUUGAAUAUUUUGAUGUUGUAACUUAUGUAUUUGGUAGUUCAUAUCACUAUUUUGAUCUCAAUUGUCUUCAAGUUAGACAUAUAUUAACUGUACUAUUGAUUGGUUCUUCCAUUGCCAACUUUCUGGCUAGCCUGAUGUUAAUAUUGUACAUUUACCUGCAUUGCAGCUGUAGAAGCGGUUACAAGUACAGCAAAAUUAGUACAAGGAGUAAAAGUCAAAGUUAUUUGUACAGGUAGGGUCUUGUGGCUAAAAAAGUAUCAUUAUUGUAGCUAUUCAAACAUAUGUUGUCUCUUGAAUGUCAUCCUGAAAAGUUUUCUGAGGUAUAUCUAGAUUGGUAAAUUUGGAAAAUGUCCACCUCCGACUCCGAUUGCAAUAUGGAUGGUGUUAACUCGGGUUUAAUUCUUUUAAAUGAAAACCAAUCAAAACUACUUUUGAAAUUUUCUGUGGAUUUUCUUUACCAAUCUUAAAAUAGUUACAAAUAGAAAAGUUCGAGAAGAUAUUAUGGUUAGUUCUUUCUUUUUAAAAAAAUAUGAAAGACUAAUGAAUUAUUUUUAAAAUUAUCAAUGGAAAUAAGUAUGUAUUUUUUAACUCCAGCCAUCAAUAAGUAGAUUUCUCAUGCACCAGAUCAAAAUUAGCUUUAGUGAAAUAAUCACACACUUGAAUAUGUUUCUUUUCCUCAGACACUCCCCUCUGCCUCUGUGACUUCUGUGAAUUUCAGAGAGAUUCCUAAUUUUUCUUGGGUAUUAACAGUUCAUCAAUUCACGAUGCAAAAUGGAAAUUGAAGGAAUUGAAAUAGCAGUUUCGAGCCUCUUUAGUCGAGACAAAUUACUUUUCCUCUGAAUUUUUCAUGCGACCAAUGAGGUACCUUGUAUUGUAAAAAGAAUUAUAGAAGCUUUUGAAAUCCAUAAAUUAACAUGAUGCCCCAAUUUACAAACCUACAAGUCAACAACUCAAAAUAUUAAAAUUUAACGUCAUACAGUGUCCUAAUCGUGGUAUUGGAACUUUCAGUCUUAACAUCAGUUUAAAUGAAUUUCAGUGGUCAAGAUAAAUUGAUAAAACAUAUUUUGAACUACAUUUUGUAAUUGGAAGCACUAUUUCUGACUUGUCCAUAGAAACUCCUUAUCUAUCCACACAGAGAAACUAAUGAAGAGUACUUGGUUUUAAAGAGUUAAAAAUCAUUGUUCCCGAUUGCAAAAUGAAGUCCAAUUAAUAUAAACACUUGCCGAGGCAGCAAACAGAAAGACAGAUUACACAGUUUUUAUACAUUAAAUCUAUAUUAUCAAAAACAAAGAUGUACAAAAUUCAUAUAGUUAAGUGAAAUAAAUUAAAACAGCCUACAACAAGUAAACAAUGGUAUUUUAAAACUAAAAAUUUUUAGGCAUGAUUAGUUACUGAUGAUUAUACUGAUACAGUAUUCUCAGUUACUUCUGCAAACAGGUAUACUUCUAGGCUAUGGGUUACUUGGAGUCAGUGAAUAUCCCAUUGCCUUUCCAUCAAAUUUACGGAUAAUAGGGAAAGUAUUCAAUAACAUUUAACUCAGCACAAAAGUAAGACUAAAUAAAGGUAAGGCAAAAAUUCCCUACUAUACUUUUAUUUUAAUCUUGAAUCAGUCAAAUUUAAAAAACUACAUAACGUUCUCCAUGCUACUUUAAAAUGAUAUGAGAAUCAUGGAAUUAAGCUACACUAAUAAGCUGUAUAAAUUCAAGGAAAGAAGACAGCACAUUUCCCAUAAUGUUACAAUAUGAUGUUUCAAUGUGCCUUGUAAAUGUUGAUUUCUUUGAUCCAGAUUCACCAGAAUUAUAAGUAUGAGGAAACUAUUUUCAUGCUGAAGCGCAAGACUCCCUUGAAAAUACUUAGCAGUUUUCAUCUGUGUACUACAACGCUUGCAUAGUGGACAUGUGUAAUUUAAAAAGAUGCCAUCUACUUUUUCUAACAUGCUUUUUUUUCCCUAUGAAGCUUGACUUCUCUGAUUUACUCUUUCCAACAGAAUGGUGAUAUGUAUUAGGCUCUACAUGCACUUUUCCAGUAAAAGUCAGAAAGCACAGAUAGGAGGCUUUGGCUUUCAAUAGGAUUAGUAAAAAAGGAGUCUCAGAAAAAAUGGGAUGGCAUGUUUUACAAGGACACAACUCGAUUCAAGAAGGCAAGAAAAGAAACAAUUUUCAAUGCACAGUUCACUCAUGGGUACACUACAAAGUAUCUCAAGUAAAACUGUAGUUUCACGAUUACAAAAAGAGUACAAAAAAGCAACAGUAAACAGUGGCAUUUAAAAUUUCUGGCUUACAGAUAGCUAAUUUGUAAAGCAACCUAAACUUUUCUUCUGAACUACUGUUUUUUUCUACAACAUUAACUUUUUUCUGUGAGAGCAAUCUUUAAGCUUAACUUAAGAGUAACAUAUUCUUUGCGAAACAAAUACUAUAAGCUUGAGUACGGCAAAUGAAGGCAAAAUCGAAGCAUUAAUUUUCCAGUGAAAAAUUGUAAGAUGCACAGCUGAAAUAAAUGGAUAAUAAUCUUUGCCAGAUUGAUUGUUAGAGUGACAUAUUAGUAAUAAGUUUCUGAAGACUGAAAGUAUUUUAGAAGUAAGCUAUCCAUUAGUUCUAGAGCAUAAGAUUUAAACUGUAUAUUUUUAUACAUUUUUUUGUUUGUUUUAAAUGAAUAAAUUGUGAUACAUGAAAA